AUGCCAACCCCUGUCAUAGUCGGCGUAGCAGAUAUCAAAAACCGCACCCAAGAUGCCAAAGAGCCCGCCCAGCUGAUGCUCGAGGCCAUCAACGCCGCCAUCCAUGAUGCAGGCCCGGCAACGCUAAUAUCCAGCAUUGACAGUCUCUCAUCCGUGCGCACCUGGACCUGGCCAUAUGAUAAUCUGCCCGCCCUGCUCGCUAAGCAACUAGGGGCCCAGCCAGAGCACACGCAUUACCCGGAUUAUCACGGGGGUAACCAACCCGCCAAACUACUCGAUGAAGCCGCGCUCCGGAUUGCAAAUGGAGAAAGCAGAGUCGCUAUUAUCACCGGUGGAGAGGCAUUAGAGUCGCUGAGCACUUGCAUGAAAAACAAGUCUCCCCCGAAAUGGACACCCCCCUCAGAAGCUGUGAACAGCAUAUUCUCCCCGACAACAGCACGUGUGGCUGAAGAUAAUAUCGGCACUCGUCAUUCCGUUGGCGCCCCGAUUCACGUCUAUCCAUUGUAUGAGAAUGGAUUCCGGGCGCACCGGGGGCAGUCGAUUGCGGAUAACCAUGUUGAAUCGACCAAGCUGUACGCGCGGUAUAGCGAGGUGUCUGCUGAGCAUCCAUAUUCGUGGAAUUAUGGGAGGAGGGACGGUGAGGAGGUUAUUGGGACUGUUUCGUCGAGAAAUCGGAUGAUUUGUUUUCCUUAUCCGCUGUUGAUGAACGCAUUCAAUACCGUCAAUCUGGCUGCUGCGUGUGUUCUCACAUCGGUCGAGUAUGCCCAUGAAUUGAGCAUUCCAAAGAACAAAUGGAUAUAUCCUCGUGCCGGCGCUGGCUAUCGCGAUGCUGAUCACUUCUGGAACCGUCCGAACUUUCACUCCAGUCCGGCGAUUUCCAAGUCCCUGGACCAUAGCCUUGCUUCGUCGGGGUUAGCAGCAAAUGACAUCGACAUAUUCGAUUUAUACUCGUGCUUUCCUAUUGUCCCGAAACUGGCCUGUCAUCAUCUUGGACUACCGAUUGACUCACGUAAACCCAUUACUGUCCUUGGUGGAUUGACUUCGUUUGGUGGUGCUGGAAAUAACUAUUCCAUGCAUGCCAUCACCGAAACAAUCCGCCAACUGCGCUCUGGAAAAGGCCGGCAUGCUCUAGUCUUAGCUAACGGGGGCGUUCUUUCAUACCAACAUACCGUAUGUCUAUCGACUCUUCCCGGUAUCGGCGCCUAUCCAAACGGUACUCGUGCCGUAGACGCCGACGCACCUCCUGCAGUAGACGAAACGGCCAGCGGAUCCGCCGUGAUCGAGACAUACACAGUCGACUUCAACCGCGACAACACACCGGCACGAGCGUACAUCAUCGGCCGACUCGAGAAUGGACAUCGCUUCGUAGCAAACCAUGGCGACGGACAGACACUGGCGCAAAUGGCAUCGUGGACAGAAGAACCAAUCGGGAAAACCGGCUUCGUGAAGACAGAGAAAGGACGAAACUUAUUCUUCUUGCAGCGGGCCGUACUAUAG